GCCAUGCUCUCCGUCCGUGUCCCGCUCGCCCCCGUGGACCCCCAGCAGCAGCCGCUCCAGCUCUCGCCGCUCAGGGGCCUCAGCCUGGAGGACGAGGAGAACACGCCCCCGAGUCUCAGCGGGACCCGCGUGCUGGCCGGCAAGACGGCCAGGAGGAUCGCCCCGGAGCCAGCCGAGCCGAAAACUAAGGGGCUUGGCCGCCGCGUGGAGGACGAGCCACUACUGAGAGAAAACCCUCGUCGCUUUGUCAUCUUCCCCAUCGAGUACCAUGAUAUUUGGCAGAUGUAUAAGAAAGCUGAGGCUUCCUUUGGGACAGCUGAAGAAGUGGAUCUUUCCAAGGACAUUCAGCCCCGGGAAUCCCUGAGGCCUGAGGAGAGAUACUUCAUAUCCCAUGUUCUGGCUUUCUUUGCGCCGAGUGCCGGCAUGGUAAAUGAAAACUCGCAAGAAGUUCAGAUUAUAGAAGCCCGCUGUUUCUAUGGCUUCCAAAUUACCAUGGAAAACAUCCAUUCUGAGAUGUAUAGUCUCCUCAUUGACACUUACAUUAAAGAUUCCAAAGAAAGGGAAUUUCUCUUCAACGCCAUGGAGACAAUGCCUUGUGUAAAGAAGGAGGCAGGCUGGGCCUUGCGUUGGACUGGGGACACAGAGGCUACCUACGGGGAACGGGUUGUGGACUUUGCUGCGGUGGAAGGAAUCUUCUUUUCUGGUUCUUUUGAGUCAAUAUUCUGGCUCAAGAAACUCGGCCUGAUGCCUGGCCUCACGUUUUCCAAUGAACUUAUUAGCAGAGAUGAGGGUUUACACUGUGACUUUGCCUGCCUGAUGUUCAAACACCUGGUGCACAAACCUUCUGAGCAGAGAGUGAAGGAAAUAAUUAUUAAUGCCGUUCAGAUAGAGCAGGGAUUCAUCAAGGAGGCCUUGCCCAUGAAGUUCACUGGGAUGAAUUGCAUGUUAAUGAAGCAGUAUAUUGAGUUCGUGGCAGACCGACUUAUGCUGGAGCUAGGUUUUGGCAAGGUUUUCAGAGUAGAAAAUCCAUUUGACUAUAUGGAGAAUAUUUCACUGGAAGGGAAGACUAACUUCUUUGAGAAGAGAGUAGGCGAAUACAGGAUGGGAGUGAUGUCAAGUCCAACAGAGAAUUCUUUUACCUUGGAGGCUGACUUCUAAGAGAAACGAAGAUGUGCUCUUAUUUUGCUGAUUUUUUUUCCCCCUUUCUCAUCCCCCCCCCCCAAAAAAAAUCAGGUACUUGAAGUGUAUCAAACCAGCUACACCAUGAAUUAUCCAUAAUGGUCAUGAAUAGUAUUGUUAAAACUGUGUAGCUACCUCAUAAGCAAGCCUGUUGAUUAGUGAUGCUAAUCGUCUCACCUAGAAAAAAGCAUAGACAAAAGCUCCUCGGAUUCUUAGGAAAGACCUUGGCCGUGUUUGGCUUUUGCACACAGGCUGGCUGUCCGUGAGUUCGCUGUUGCUCUUAGUGGCAGUCAGGGCUCAACAUGUGUGGACCCUGGAGUGAGUCUGAUCCAGCAGGAUUAAUCAGUUACUCCAAGGCCCUUGGGAGGUCUCAGCUUCGGUGCUUCAAAGCAGAUUUUUUAAAGUUUACUUACUGAUUUGUAUAUAAAACUGGCACUUUACAUACAAAUAAACAGAGUUUGUACUG